AUGGCUAUACCCCAGCAAGUUGCCUGCAGUGCCAAGAGCCACGCUGGUCCAUGUGAUGAAAGUUCUCACAUCAGUAUCCGUGUUGGAAUCUCAGAAGAAGAGAAGGCAGCAGUGAAAAAUCGGAGUGAGUUGGUCUUGAAAGCGCUGAAGAACUUGGGCCUUAAUGUCAAAAAGGUCCCUGUUGUUUCUGUGCUGGUCUCUGGUGGGGGCCUGAGAGCUGCCAUAGCCUGCCAAGGUGUGCUUAGUGAGCUGAGCCAUGUGGGGCUCCUGGACAAGGUCACAUAUGUUGCAGGGGUGUCUGGCUCCACCUGGUGCAUGUCCUCCCUCUUCAGCCAGAGUGAUCGGUGGAAAGACCUGAACAAGGCAGAAAAUGAGUUCAGGCAGAGACUGCAGAAUGGCCCCGGGGACAUCUCUACUGUUGUGGAUGGGCUCUGCAAUGCUGCAGCAAGGGAUGACUAUUCUCUCACUGACUUAUGGUUGUAUUCUGUUGUCUACUGCCUUACAAGUGAAUUUCUAAGUACCUGUCUGUCCCACGUGAGAGAGCAGUCUGGGAUGGGGACUGUGCCAUAUCCAGUGUUUGCUGCCAUUGAUCAUCACCUCAAGAAGAAUGGAAGGGAGAUAAAUGCCUGGUUUGAAUUCACUCCUGAUUGGGCUGGCUACUCUACACUUGACCAGUCAACGCCUGGUGCUUAUGUCUCUACCACUCAUUGUGGGAGCAAAUUUGAGGAAGGGAAGUUAAUCCAAGAAAAACCUGAAAGGGAUUUCUCCUACCUGCAAGCGUUAUGUGGCAGUGCUCUGGCUGACAAAGAUGUUAUUAAAGAAAAAAUCAAAGAGUUCAUGGAAUUUAUCUUCCAUCCAGAAACCCAGGAAAAAAUGCUCUUUACUGAUCCUGAAGAAGUUACUUUGACGAACAUCCUGGAAGAACUAUUCAACUUGGUUUACACCUUCAAGACGCAUGGAGACUGUCUGCUCAUCCUGGAAAAUCUAAAGCAUAUAAUGACAGGGGAGAAAGAUUUUUCUGAGGCUUUAGCAUGGAUUAAUGAGAUGAUUGACUCCUGGGGCAAGUCCUCUCAAGAUGAUCAAGAAAAACUCAUUAAGGACUUUCUGAGAAAAUCCUCGAUGGAAGUUUUGGAGGGACUGAGCAAUGUCCCAAGUUUCAGAAGAUUUUUACAUAAGACCAUCUGGCGUCUCUUAUUAUGGAAAUGGGGAACAACAAACAACUUUCUGUAUAAGUAUGGACACAUUAAAGACAAGACUCUCACAGAAAAGGAAAAUAUACAUUUGAUUGACGCUGGCUUGGCUAUCAACUCUGCCUAUCCCCUAGUCCUGCCCCCAGUGCGGAACACCGACAUCAUCCUGUCCUUUGACUUCAGUGCAGGGGAUCCAUUUGAGACAAUCAAGGCCACAGAAAAGUACUGCAAAGCUGGCAAUAUCCCCUUCCCUCCUGUGGAUGACUCUAAGCUUGACCAAGAUGCCAAGCAUCCCUGUGACUUGUACAUCUUUGAAGGGGAGAAGGUGCCUGUGGUCAUGCACUUCCCACUUUUCAAUAAAGUGAAUUGUGGCAGCGAAGAGGUCAUUAAGCAGAGACAUAAGACAUAUGAGACGUUCCGCUUCACAAAGUAUUCUGAUGAAGAGGUGUGCCAACUCCUGGAGGAUUCGAAGGCAAAUGUCAGAAACAACAAGGAUGCUAUCUACGAAAAGAUCUGUAAACGGGCAGAGGCUCCUUAG